AUGGAGAGAUGGGAGCCGGAUCACAUCAGCAAUAUGCUGACCUCUGAAAACGAUCGGGUGGCCCUACGACUCGCCUGGUUCACAGCUAGUCGAUGGGGCGAAAUCGCCCUACUCCGGAAGGAGAAUUUCAUUCCUCACCCUCAAACCAAGGAAGCCCUCAUUGUAGAUUGGGGGGCCCUCCAAAAGACUUUCAAGAUCGACUCCCACAGAGCGGCGCGAUACGUGGUUAUCGGGGGAGAAGGUGCAAAGAGGGUGAGAGGCGUCACCACGGGAAUGGUGGAGGGGGAAAGGCUCACGACGUUAACCACAAGGACAUGGAAAAUGUACUCGGACCAUUCGGCACGACAGCGCGUUCCAUCAAAAGAGGGGCACUGGCGCAUGCAGCUGCAGCGGUGA